AUGCGCCUCGCUCCUGUGUACGUCCUCGCCGCCACCUUCUCGGCUCUUCCAGUCCUUGCUCAAAGGGGCCGUGGCGGUGGCGGAGGUGGGUUCGACCAUGGCGGCGGUAACACCCCCAGCACCUUCAUCACCAGAGUCUCUGCUGCCCCUCCUCCUGCCGCUGCUACCACCGCCGCCAGCACUGGGAACACUGGGAGUACUUCUACUGGCGGCAACACUGGCUCGGUCGAUGCUUCACUCAUUCCUCCCUUUGGCAUCACUCCUGGAAUCAAAGCGACCGAUGGAACCGCGAAUUGCGUGGGUGACAAUGGGGUCGAUAUUCCGUGCAACUGUCCCCCAGACUUGAACACUUUCGUCAGUGCCGUCGAAACCUCGGUGGCAGGCGGAGCGGCGUUCCCAGCUGGAAAUUCAGCGGCAGACCAACUCACCCGCCUCCAGACGUGUAUCGUCACCCUUCAGAACUUCAGGGGAGGGGCAGGGAGCGGCGUUGGGUGUCCCAUCGUUGCCACGACAUGGAAGGAGCUGCAGGCUCAACUGCAAUCGGAAGCCAAGUGA